AAUUAAAAUAAAUUAAAAGCCUAAAAAACUCUUUAAUUAAUUUAUACGGAGUAAUUACUUAGUAGCUGCUUGCUAGCUAUGGCACCUGAGGCAGUGAAGCUGUUGGGCUCGUGGGCCAGCCCGUACGUGAUCCGGGUUAGGGUUGCCCUAAAGAUUAAGGGCGUGUCCUACGAGUUCCUCGAGGAGAAGAUGGGAUCCAAAAGCGACCUUCUCCUGAAGUCGAACCCGGUCUACAAGAAAAUCCCGGUCCUCCUCCACAACGACAGGCCCAUUUGCGAGUCCCUCAUCAUCGUCCAGUACGUGGACGAUGUGUGGGCUGGACCGUCCAUUUUGCCCGCCGAUCCCUACGAUCGGGCCCAGGCCAGAUUCUGGGCCACUUACGUUGACGAUAAGUGGUUCCCGAGCAUGCGUGGCUUAGCUUUCGCUCAAAGCGAGGAGGCGAAGAGGGAGGCGAUCAAGCAAGUGGAAGAAGGGUUGGCGGUCCUAGAAGGCGCUUUCCAUAGCUGCAGCAAGGGAAAGAAGUUCUUCGGGGGGGACGCGGUCGGGCUUGUGGACAUUGCACUCGGGAGCAACAUUGGCUGGGUCAGGGUGACCGAGGAGCUCAACGCCUUCAAGCUCCUUGACGAGGCCAAGCUGCCCGGCUUGGCCAAGUGGGCCCAAGACUUCUGCGAGGACGAUGCCGUGAGGGAGAUCAUGCCCUCCACUGAGAAGCUCUCGGAGUUCGCGAAAACGGUCUUCGCCAACAUGAAGAAGUGAUCUGAUCUGAUGAGGAAGUUAUUAAACCUCAUCAUCAAAUAAAAAAUCUGUCUGUUGUUUGUUCAUUUUGUGACUUUUCGUGUGUGUUGAGACUAUUGAGCUUUACUGCUUGGUUUGGCUUCUGCUAACCAUUUGCUUAGUUGGUAACAGUAAAUUUCUUUCCUUCUACAAUGAAUACUGAAUAGUGUC